UGAGUACGUAAUACCCCGAUAAACCAAAUAAACGCUAAGCUAUGGGAGGUGGUACCAUGGCCGCUGGACGUCUUGCAGUGUCGGACUUGGUCAAGCUUUUCAAAAAAGCCAAUGCGAAAAGCAUUGGGUUCAAAAUGAUAACGCAUCCUGAGGCAUGCCAACAAUUGUUAGACAAGCUUGAUUUACCAUCGAAAUAUCCAAAUGCAUCUUCCAACCUAGAAAUUCUUGAUAUAUAUCCCAACUUUGGGCUUUUCUCUGCUAUGCUUAAUCACAAACUUAAGCCCAAGUCUCACUUGCUUAUCGAAAACAACCCCCAUUAUGUGAAAGAAUGGAAAGAAAGAUUGAAUAUAUUAGAAACAACGGGAAACGCAGAGAAUUUCAAACUCAUACCACAAUCGGGAUACAAAUGGGGAACAUAUUCAGAUUUGGAGAAGAAUAAGAUUCUAAAUCCUAAAACCAUAUCAAGAGAUAAGGUUCAUGACGAACUAUUAAUAGUUGCAAAUUUGACAACUUCGCUGAGCGAAUCUCUCAUGGCUCAGUGGAUGGCUUGUGGUUUGUAUCAGAACUGGAUUCAAAAAUACGGAAGGGUUCGGAUGGUCUUCUUGAUUCCUGAGGUAACAGCUGUAAGAUUCUGGUCUGGUGAAUCAUUCAAAAAAAGAAACAAGACUGCCAUCAAAAGAGAAUGGUUCAACGAUUCCCGUUUGAUAGGUGUGAGUGAGGCAGUUGUUGGUGCUACUGGUGAAACGUAUGACCCUAAUUGCUUAAUUCUGGAUCAGCCUGUUGUGAUUCCAUCAAAGGCAAUCCAUCCUCGAUAUGACAUAGCGAUGGUAGAACUAGUCCCCAAAGCUCCUGAAAUUUUGGAUUUUUCUUUACUUGAUUAUAUGCUACAAGAGCUAAUGUAUCGACCUACAGCAACCACUAGAGAAGGGUUUGGAGCAAUAGCUCCAGGUGUGAAAGAUGAUCUCAUACCAAAAAUCCCCAGCGAGAUUCUUGAUAAAACCGUCAGGUCAUUAUCAAUUGAUGAUUUGAGAGUGCUACUAGAUGCUUAUGAUAAAUGGCCCUUUAAACCAGAUGUAGAGGAUAGGGUGAGUGUUUAUGUCGAAGAGGAGCUGUAAUCUACAUACCUGUAAAUAAAAUCAAAAAUGAUCACGU